AUGCCAGCACCCACACCUCCAAGGAUCAGAAAGGAUUCCGAGGAGUGGGGAUACAUAGACAAAUCUUCAUGGAAAGGAACGUGUAAAACUGGAAAGCGGCAGUCUCCUAUUGAUCUAGACAUUGGUGAUGCGAUAGUGGUAAAUUGGGAGCCGUUAAAGUUUCAUAACUACGAUGUUAGAGGUGAAAUCGUAGCUGAAAAUAAUGGACAUACAGGUGGAAAUUUGAAAGGGAAGUAUUAUCUACAACAAUUUCAUUUUCACUGGGAUGGAAACGAUCGCUUUGGAAGUGAACAUACACUCAAUGGAUUACAUUAUCCUAUGGAGGUCCAUUUCGUGCACAUCCGAGAAGGACUAAACGAGACCACUGCACCUCAGUCUGUUGGUGGUAUAGCUGUAGUUGGUGUUCAGUUCCAACUUGCCGUACAAGGAGAAGCACUAUUCGACUUGGAAAAGGUGACAGAAGCAACAAACUCGUCAGGUUCAUUAACCACGCCACCUUGUAGCGAGGGAGUCAUAUGGUCGAUACUGUCGCAUCCGAACUUUGCUACAAACAAUCAGAUUCGCAGUUUACGAAGAUACCUGAAAGAAGAUGGAUCACUUCUGAUUGAUAACUGGCGAAGUGUACAGCCUAUGAAUGGCAGGAAACUCUACCUCAACAAGGGCAUUGUAAAAGAAGAAGCGUUGGACGCAGCAGAAGUGUUAGAGAUUACCUCAAAAGUGAUUCCAGUUAUAUUAGUAUUUGGCGUUGUGCUCUUCGCCGUACUGUGA